ACUCAUCAUAUCAUACAUACGUGUGUCGUAAUCGUCGGCAUGUUUAUCACGUUUUAAUGGACUGUGGUUGAGUGCGAUGCAGAAUGUGGGACGGAUAUAAGAUGGGAAUCAGUGAUGUAUGACACGGUGGCGCGCAUCUAACACUUUCUUUAUAUUGCUUCUUUUUCAUCAUUUUGCCGGCUGUCUCGUCUGUUUGCACUAUUCUGUGGAUCUACUGACUACUGAUCAUCGUGCUUAGUUUAUUCACGGAAUAUGUCGCUUUAUCGGUAUCGCCAUGUUUACGUUCUCUGCGCUACAGUAUUCUUCCUUGUUCUCCUGGAACCAAGCUAUUUUGUCAGCGCCUUUCCCGGUCAAUAUGAGCAGCUAAUACCGUGGGACGCCGUGAAACGAGUGCUUAACGGCAACUCACCGGACGGUUAUACUGUGGAGGACGCGGUACACACAUACCUGCGCUCGGCGCGUUCCGUGGCGAAUCGCCAUCGACGAAGCAUCGAAGGCGGAAAUUGCACCAGCGCCAGCGGGGGCGUUGGUGAUACCUGUCUAGCAACACUGGCCUAUACGCGCUGUGAUGCUCUGCGGUCCAUCUGCGUUUGUGAUUACCGUGUAGCCACCAAAAUCCCCAUCAUUCCCAACUUGUACGCCGUAUGUCUGCCUUUGGCGUUCGUCAACCAGACCAGCGGCUUCCAGUGCGUGCCCUCGACGCCGGACCCUUGCGCCUUACAGGUCACCAGCUCGGUGUGUCGCGCCAAUCUGCAGACCGGAAAAUUCGGAUGCACAUGCCAGUUCGGCGGUACCUGGCCUAACUGUACACCAAGACUGGGCGGCGUCUGCGCCAACACCACUGUGUGCGCCAACCGCAUCCCAAACUCGUACUGCGGCUCCGUCAACCAGGCGACGUUAACUGGCACGUGUCAGUGCCCGGUGGCGGGCGUCAACAAGGACCCGGCCAGCGUCCUCACCGGCACCGCCAACACCAUUGAAACCGCACAAGCGACGCUGGUGCCCAGCGUGGACGCCAGCCGGUGCCUUCCGGCAGCCUGUCCACCGGCGGACAACAGCGGGGUUGUGGCCAGCGGUAUUCUGACGCCCUGCUUCGGUGAUGAUGGCGCGGCCACCUGCCAGAACACCACCACGGGAUGGCAGUGUAACUGCAAAUCCACCAGCCGCGGACGCAGUCAUACCAACAACGUCGUCGGAAUAUGUUGCGGUCCAAAUCGAUUCGCUUGCAACGAUUACUCCCGCUGUUUGGACCAGACUCAAUUGUGCGAUGGUGUCCAGGACUGCAAUGAUUGCUCGGACGAGAAGCAGAGCUGCCAGAAUGCGGUGUGGCCGGCGGGAUCAGUGUGCGCCAUCGGGCAGCCACCACGCAGCAGUGAUGGGCGUUUACUUCGCGGUGCCGGACAGGAUCUCGAUGUGGCUGCUCCGCGGAUUGACCGACUGCAGGAUGCCGAUUCCCGGUUGAAACAAGUAUAAAUGGCAGCUCUAUUGUCGGUCGCGCCACCAAAUAAAAUCGCUGCCGGCGUGCUCUGUCUUUUGCUGUUACUAAUUAUUGUUUCGUUGUUUUCUACCUUAGUCAGUUGUGCUGGUUUCUCGUAAUGGUGAUUAAUGCCAUAUCACGAUUUUAUUAUGAAAUAAAAUUGAUGCGCAUACCUUUCCAACAUCCUAAGAAGAACUGGCAAAGUGCUUUAUGACAAAAAUAAAGUA